AUGAAGGACCUGUUUGAGAGGGAAAGACAAAACACGGCAGAGCUGUUGGCUCGCGAACAGGCAGAGAGGGCGCGUCAGGAGGACAAGGUGAAGGCGUUGGAAGCGCAGCAAGCCAAGUUGCCUCAAGGCGUGCGCUCGCUUGCAGGGGAUGGUGUUGGUGCCGAAGAGGUGAGCGUUGGCAGUGUGCGCGUGCACGUGUGCGUUAUUUGCCAUGACUCGCACUCACCGCUCUGUUCAUUGCUGGGACUGCCCUUGGCACUCUGAGCACAGCUUGAGAAGCUGAAAGCCAAGCAUGCAAAGCAAGUUCGUCAGCUAGAAGAGGCGUUGGAGAGGGAGCAAGAAUCGCUGAGCAGGCACAAGGUCAGUGAAGCGCGUUAG